ACAGCCCCGAUAGUAUUGAACUCGAUCGUAGCCAUUUCAGUUUGGAUUUUGGGUUACUAGUAUUGAUUACAAGGAAAUUUUGAGCAUAGGAGAGGUCAUAAAAAAGUGAAUGUGUAAUUUAUGUUGUGUGUUUUAUGCACGCUAGUGACUUCAAUCUUAUCAAUUCUAAUGAAUUAAAUAAUUAGGAAAGUGUCGUCUGCAUUUUGCUUGACGAAAUGCUAUAGCGGCGCUGUUUGUAAAUAUUGAAAUAAUUCGAAUCUUUCAACAAAAGUCGGAAUAAAGUAAACUGAUUUAGGUAUUGAUAUGAUGGUAUAGGUUCGCGUGAUGUUCAUGAAAGUUGGCGAAUCUUGAUUCACACUUUGGAAUUACAGGUGUAGUGAUCGGAAUAAGAGAAAAUAUGGGGUGGAAAAAGUUUCUAUUGGAUUUCGCUGCAUUGUUGUACAUUUUAUAUGUGCCGGUGGUGAAUUGUGUAGAAGUGACGUUCGAUUACAAAUCGUUCAAAGAAGAUGAGACACAUGUGGUAUUCAAUGCCAGCUUGGGGGAGGGGUGGGUGUAUAAUGUUGCUGGUAUCACAGAUAUUGGAGACGUUUUCAUUAUGAAUUAUAACUCUGGAGUGCUGUAUAUUAGAAACAAUAAAGACUUUUGCAAUAACAUUCAUAGCAAUCCAUUAGAAAUCCAAAUCUUGGCAACAUAUCAUAUAAACUUGAAAGAACUUACUGCAUUGAACUCUACAAAAUUGGCUCUUGCAAUAAGUUUUCUAAAUUCACCAUGUGGAAAAUCAAUGCAGAGCAGCCCCCUGCAUAAUGUUCAAGAGAAGUAUUCAUUUGAAAUUGUGAUAUUCAGUAAAUUAUUUUACACAACUCAGUAUUUGUACUGCCUUAAUAAGGAUAACAGUAUCAUAGCAUUGAAAGAUUUUUUCCCAAGUGUUGUUAAACAGAAUAUAUGUGAUAUUCAAAUCCAAGACAGAUCAAAUAAAGAUUUAUAUACUUUAAAAACCAGUUCAUAUGAAAUAGUGUCAACACAAGAUCGAUGUCUCUAUAGACCUGAAAUGGUAAUACCCACACACUUAACAAUGUGUGGAAAGAACGUUUUACCCCUUUAUGCCAAGGUGAUUUUGCGCCCUUUUGGUUUCAAAAGUUACGAUUUUUUGGUAGUGACAACAAAUUCUCAUUCUUCAAGACUCAAGAGACAGACAAGGUCCUCAGAUCCACAGUUUGCAAGGUCUGAUUACAACACCUCUAUCAUGGAAAACCUUCCAGUUGGGACACCAGUCAUCACGAUCACAGCGACAGACCCUGACUCUGGGGAUGAUGGUAAGCUGACCUACAGUUUGACAGCUAUUCGUAAUACACAGAGUAUGGACAUGUUCGUAAUAAAUCCUAUUUCUGGACAAAUCACUACAAAACAGUUGCUUGACAGAGAGGCCAUCCCAGUCCAUAUGUUCUAUGUGACCGCUACUGACAACAGUGUUUUCAGAAAGUCUGCAGUUGCGACAUUAACAGUCACUGUCAAUGAUGAAAACGACAUCACACCUACUUUUGAUAAACAAACUUACACAGUCAACAAACCGGAGAACCUGCCUGUGAAUACUGUCAUCACUACUGUUCGUGCAAUGGAUGGUGACUUGGGUGAAAAUGCUGAUAUACGAUAUAGUAUCAUUUCUCCGCCAAGCUCAACUAUGUUCCGAAUUGAUCCUACAUCAGGAAGCAUUUCCACUCUGAAAGUCCUUGACAGAGAAUCACAGGCAAAUUACACUCUCAUUGUUCAGGCUGUGGACCAAGCAACAGUUGGGAGACAGCGAUCAUCAACUGCAACAAUCGAAAUCACCGUCAAUGAUGAAAAUGACAAUACUCCACAGUUUCUGCAGUCAUCCUACGCUAUUAAUGUUACAGAAAACCUGGAUGUUUCAAGCAAACCAGUUAUUUUACAAGUUUCUGCAACAGAUGCUGACGAAGGACUCAAUAAGAAUAUUAUCUACAGCAUCUCAUCUGGAAAUCCAAGCAACACAUUUAUCAUUGAUCCCACCACUGGCCAGUUGUCUGUUCAAAAGCCACUUGACUAUGAGACAAACACUGAUUUCAGGCUUCAAAUAAAGGCAUCUGAUCAGGGCCAAACUGCCAAAUCUAACAUCACCAAUGUGUGGAUACAGGUGCUGGAUUUGAAUGACAACGAUCCAUACUUCCAGAGCCCAGGAGCUGUGUACAGAGGCUCUGUGUUGGAGGGAACGCCUAUCGGUACAAGCGUACUGACUGUUAAAGCUUUAGAUAGCGAUUCUGGCGAAAAUGCCCGUCUGAUGUACUCAUUGGUUGAUGUUCAGCCUGAUUUUCCAUUCGCGAUGGAUAGUGUGAGUGGACAGAUUUCAAUCCGCGCUCCUGUGGACAGAGAAUUGAAGGCCAGUUACUCGUUCACAGUCGAAGUGAAAGAUAAUGGCAAACCGCCGAGGUCUGCAAGAGCGUCUGUAGAAAUAACAAUCAAUGACAUAAAUGAUAACAAUCCCAUUUUUUCACCCAAAACUUACAGCAUAGUUUUACCUGAGGAUACACCACAGUACAAGCAGAUUAUCCAAGUCACUGCUACAGAUGCAGAUGCUCAACAAUUUCCCACACUGACCUACCAAAUUCAAAGCGGAAACAAUGACCAGACUUUCAUGAUUAGCAGAGAGAAUGGUUGGAUCACGUUACAAAAGCUCCUGGAUUAUAAAACUCAAACCAGGUACAUCCUGACUAUACGAGCAUCAGAUGUUGACAAUAAAUUUGAUACAGCUGAGGUGUAUAUCAAUGUUUCAGAUAUCAACAAGCACACACCUUCGUUCUCGUAUGCUCCCUACACUCUGUCUAUUGAAGAGGAACUGCCUGUGGGGACAAGCAUCGGUCAAGUGACGGCCACAGAUGUAGACAUUGGUGAAAAUGGAAGGAUAUCCUUCACAAUUUUGAGUAACGUACGAGAGUUUGCUAUCGAUCCGAACAGUGGCGUUAUUACCACCAGGGAAAGUCUGGACCGUGAAUUGCAGGCUGCAUAUUCAUUCGAUGUCAAAGCAAGUGAUCACGGAAAUCCGCCAAAGAGUGAGGUUGCCAAUGUGAUUGUUGAAGUGAAGGAUGUAAAUGAUAAUCAGCCUGUCUUCAAUCCAGCCACUUACAAGGCUAAAGUCAGUGAAGGAGAUAUUGGAGGAGCGCUUGUUACCACAGUUACUGCGACUGAUAAAGACUGGAACAUCAACGCACAGAUUCGUUAUCAGUUUCAAGAUGGUAUAGAGGGAUCUGCAGACUUUGAAAUUGAUCCAGCAAAUGGUCAGAUCAGAAUAGCUAAAGGAAAAUUAGAUCGUGAAAGACGUAGCAAUUAUACACUGACAGUGAUAGCGGUUGAUGGAGGCUUUAGACCAUUGACUGGUUCAGCAGUUGUUGAAAUCGAGGUGGAAGACAUAAAUGACAACGCGCCAAUAUUCUCACAGGGAGAAAUCAAUGUCAUGGUUCCAGAAAACCAAAAGAUUGGAUCAACCAUUGCCGUGAUAUCAGCCGUUGACAAUGAUGUGGGUGCAAAUGCUCUAAUCCAGUACUCUUUAGAACCAGGCUUUGAUGCAGAAUAUUUUGUUCUCAAUCAAAAUAAACCUACAGAUCCAGCCAGUAUUAUUAACAAAAUUGAUCUGGAUUAUGAAGCAGAGAAAAAUGUGUACAGGUUUCGCCUGAAGGCCUCAUCCGGACCGCUAUUUGGGACUACGGUGGUUGUAGUGAAUGUACAGGAUGUCAAUGACAAUGCACCAGUGCUAAAAGAUUUCACAAUUAUUUUCAAUAACUAUGUCGAUCAUUUCCCUUCAGCGCCAAUUGGACGAAUUCCAGCGUUUGAUCCAGAUGUUUCUGACAAAACUAGGUUAAAUUAUGUGUUUACGAUGGGCAAUGAAGCAGGUUUCCUGAAGCUGAAUGAAUCUUCAGGGGAGAUAACACUAGAUUCGAGACUUAACUCUGAUGUUCCAAGGAACGGGACCAUACAAGUCAAAGUUUCAGAUAGUGUAAAUGAGGUGCGAGCCACAUGUCGACUUCAAGUCAGACUGGUUACUUUUGAAAUGCUUCAAAACAGUGUCACAAUCCGAAUCAACAACAUAACAAGUCGUGUGUUCCUAUCCCCCCUGUUUAACUUCUUUGUGGACGCGCUGGCUGCCAUCAUCAAUGUGGAAAAGAGCAACAUUUUUGUGAUCAACAUUCGGAGUGACACGGAUGUUCAGGCGCAGAUUCUAAACAUCACGGUAGCAGUACGGCAAAAAUCUGUUCUGAAGGACCGCCAGCUGGUUGAUGUAUUUUACAGUCCAGAGUUUCUGAAGGAACAGAUCUAUCUGAAGCGCGUUUUGCUUGCAAACCUGUCCACACUUCAGAUCUUGCCGUUUGAUGACAACCUGUGUCUGGGGGAGGUAUGCCCCUACUUUGAGCAGUGCCUCUCCGUGCAGUGGUUUGAGUCAGCCGCCCCCUUCAUCACCUCGGAGACCAUGCUGUUCCGGCCCAUCUACCCAAACAGCGGCUACAGAUGUGUCUGCCCGGCGGGAUUCACCAGAUUUGACACUUACAAGUAUUGUGACAUUGAGGUGAACCUCUGCUACUCCAACCCGUGCAACAAUUCUGCCACAUGUCACAGUAAAGAAGGCGGAUACUCGUGCGAAUGCAAGCAGGGAUUUACUGGGAAGCACUGCGAAAUUGACACCACCGCCAAGUAUGAGAACACGGCCUGCCCGAGCGAUGCAUGCCCUGCCCCAUCCCAUUGCGUGCCCCUGAUUGAAGGGGGGUACCGGUGUGAGGGCUGUCCCAACAGUAACCAUGCCAACCAGUUCUGUCAGCUAAACACCAGGAGCUUCCAGAGAGGGUCAUUUCUGACAUAUCCGACCAUGAAGUCUCGCAACAGGUUUCAGAUAAAACUGAGAUUCGCAACACAAGAGCGCAAUGGACUGCUUUUCUACAAUGGCCGCUUCAACGAACUUCACGACUUUAUAGCUCUGGAGAUUAUAGACUCUCAGAUCCAGUUUUCGUUCUCCACUGGGGCAGAGAUUGUGAAAGUGUUGCCGUAUGUCAUGGGCGGGGUAAACGAUGGAAAGUGGCACCAGGUCAUUGUGGAUUACGGGAACACAACUGCCACAGUGACUGUGGGGGAGAACUGUGAGACGGAGAUAGCAGUAAUGUACGGGGCUGCCAUCAACUACACAUGUGCAGCCGUUGGGUCACAGACAUUUGCACCAGACUGUGCAAAGGAGGGCAACAUAUUCAACUGCCCGAAGCUUUUGGACCUAACGGGCCCGCUGCAGGUGGGUGGUCUCCCCUCCCUGCCCUCCAACUUCACCGUGCACAACAAGGACUACGUGGGCUGCAUGAGGGACUUCUACAUCGACAACCAGCUCCUAGACUUUAACAGAUUUGUGGAGAAUAUCGAAACUGUUGCCGGGUGUGCUGCGAAAGAAGACUUUUGCAAGAGCGGGCCAUGUCAGCAUGGGGGUACAUGUAUCGAAGGGUGGGACAGCUACCAUUGUCAAUGUCCUAGCAUGUGGGCUGGCAAGGACUGCAGUCAGUCUAUUGAGGCAGCUCGCAGGCUGACCGGUGGUGGGUUCCUGACGUACCAGACAGAGCUGAUACCCAAUGUCUACCUCACCUGGUUCAACGGGAUAUCUUUCAGGACGAGAGCAGAAAAUGGCACACUACUGUUUCUACAAUCACAAGACCGUGAAAAAGUGCACAUAGAGAUCAAGAAAGGCUUCAUUGAGUACACCUAUGUGAACACAAUCUCCCAGACAUUCAGAUUUGAUUCCGUUGCCGUGAACGACGGAGAGUGGCACUAUUUUGAGACACGCUGGCUGGAGAAUGGGAGCAUGGUCAUGCUGUUGAACUACGGGCAAAGAGAGAAAACUGUGAAGCUGCAGAGCACCCUGAUAGGCAAGAAAAUAACCAGUGUGUAUGCGGGGGCCAUACGUCUAGAGAACUCACAGACCGGGAACCACUUCACCGGUUGUAUACAGAAUGUGCGGGUGGGGAACACCCAGAACUCUGUGCUGACGACAGUCAAUGCGUCAAAUGCCCUACAAGGCUGCAGUUCCGGGGAUGCCUGCACUGCUAGUCCCUGUAGCCCAUCUGCUCAGUGUGUGAACACAUGGCAAGGCUACACUUGCCAGUGUCCACCAGGAACUUUGGGCCCGGAGUGUAAAAGCAUUUGUUCCAACUACAAUCCCUGCAAGAACAUGGCAACAUGCCGUCACCCUGCUGGAGGUAGCUACGUGUGCGAGUGUGGACAGCUGCAGAGCGGGAAGUACUGUGAGACAGUUGUGCGCGAAUGCCCCAAGGAGUGGUGGGGGUUCCCCGUGUGUGGACCGUGUCCAGACAACUGCACCGCAGACAACGGCUUCAAUCCAAACUGCAACAAACAGACCGGGGAGUGUUCUUGCAAGAGCAAUUACUACCGCCCCCCUGGCAGCCCAAUAUGUCUACCGUGCAACUGCUAUGGUCACGGCUCGGUGGGCCUGGCGUGUCAUGCAGUCACGGGUCAAUGCACAUGUAUCGACGGAGUCAUUGGACACAGGUGUGACACGUGUCCCAGCAAGUAUGCAGAGAUCAGACAGGACGAGGAAACACAGAAAUAUGGAUGCAUGGUUGACUAUGAGGCAUGCCCGCGCAUCUUCUCCCACGGUAUGUGGUGGGACACCGAGGUAGCCAAUGUGGCAGUCCCCCAUGAGUGUCCCAACAGGGCCGUGGGGCAGGCGGUACGUAACUGCUCCCAGGACGGGCUCUGGCAGGAUCCAGACUUCUUCAACUGUACAAACCUGCAGUUCCUAGACCACCAGAGACAGAUUGAAAAGAUUGAAACAGGAGCUUUGGAGAUCAACACGUUUGUUGCGAGGACCCUGCUAAAGUCCCUCGGCAAUUCUACCACCACAACUGAUACCAUGUUUGGCAAUGACAUUAACAUCACUCUUCGAAUUCUUAAUCGUGUCUUGGAUUAUGAAAACAAACAGUCAGGACUUAACCUUACCAGCGAAAGAGAUAGCCAUUAUUUAUAUAACCUGCUGAGUGUGCUGAGUGACGUGCUGCAGUCCAGAUACUCCAAGGAGUGGGAGAGACUGAGUCAGAACGGGCAGGGCACAGGGGAGGUAAUCCUGAAGAUGGAGCUCUACCUGGGAACACUGUUGUCUGCCCUUGAGCUCACCUCCAAGGAGUCCCCCACCCCAUACAAUGUCAUCACAGAGAACAUUGUACUCAGUGUUGACUACAUUAGCAAGACCAACUUCUCUGGGAAGACUAUUCCCAAGUUCAACAACAUUGUCCGUGCACCAAUGUUUGAUGAGGACACAAACAUCUUUCUGCCCAAGUCAUUGCUGUCUGACCAGGUCAUGAGAGAUUUUCUGCAGCCAGAAAUCAACAUAGCUCCUAAGGCAUUCGUUGGGUACAUUCUUUACAAAGAUCUAGGGGAUCUGUUGCCAAAACAGUUUGCUUCAAAUGUCAAGGUUUUGGAUGGCCGGCCACUCUCCAUAAACAGUCCUGUGUUCACAGUCAUUGUUCGGGAAAAUGGGAAGAAUGUGACGGUAAAACCCAGCGAUCCAGUGGUCAUCACGUUCAGACAGCUGAUGUCUGCAAAUAGGACCAGACCACAGUGUGCUGCAUGGUUGUACAAACCAGACGGUACUGGAGAGUGGGCUACAGAUGGCUGUUCUGUGCAGGAACGAUACACGAUGGAGGACACCGUGUUUGUGAAGUGUGCCUGCGACCACAUGACCAGCUAUGCUGUCAUUAUGGAUGUUUCUGAACAUGAGUAUGUCCCGUCAGAGCCUAUCACUGUGCAGAUAGUCACGUACAUCGGGCUGGUGAUCUGCAUGGGCUGCCUUGCCCUCACCUUCCUCGUCCUGUUCAUACCCAAGAGGGUCCAGUGUAACGCCAACAGUAUCCACAUCAACCUCAUGUUUGUCAUGUUUGUCUGUCAGCUGGCCUUCCUCAUUGGCAUCAACAGGACGGACAGUGGGUUGUUUUGCCGCCUGGUUGGUAUUGCCCUGCACUACUUCUACAUGACUGGCUUCACGUGGCUCUUCGUGGACAUCCUGCACCUGUAUCGCAUGCUCACCGAGAUACGCAACAUCGACUCGGGCUCCAUGAAGUUCUACUACCUUCUCGCCUAUGUUAUACCUGGAAUCAUUGUCAGUCUUGCUGUCGGCCUUAACACUGAGGGAUAUGGCACUGGCAACUUCUGCUGGUUAUCCAUGAAGGACAAGUUCAUAUGGAGUUUUGCUGGCCCGGUCACUGUGUCCAUCAUAGUGUCUGUGUUCAUAUUCGCCCUCGCCAUGAAGGCCUCUUGCAGGGAGAAGGUCACAGUGGCUGACAUAGCUCCGUACAGGGUGGGCAUGUUGGCCAACAUCCUGCUGCUGUUGCUAUGGGGCGUGAUCUGGGUCACGGGCCUCCUGUCUGUCAACUACGACCACAUGGCCCUCCACUUUGUCUUCGCACUGUUCUGUCUGGCACUCGGAGUGUUCACCUUCAUCAUGUACAUCGUCGUCAACUACAAGGUUCGACAUGAACUGAAGAAGGCCUGGUACAAAUGUCGUGGUCACAAGCUAGAUCUGGAUGACAACAUUGGAGGGACCAGGAGCUCUGUAUACAGCCGGUCAGCUCUGGCGUACCGUAACGACACCUGUGAGGGGGGCACCCUGAACCGUAUCAAUGUGGGCAUCUCCACCAACUCCACGACGAGUCGGUCGACCAGCAAGUCCAGCGGGGGUCUGUACAAGGGCGAGGACUACCUGCGCAGUACCAGCACCUCCACGUCAGGCAACGCGCCAGCCACCAAGUACCCCAAGGGCGGACCCAUUCCUGGAUACGGAUACGACUUUGAGAACCCUGAUGGGCUGGAUCCUGACUCGAUGCAGAUUCCCUCCAAGCGAGAAGGCAAUGACUCGGACUCUGAGAGUGAGAUGUCGGAAAGAAUGAGCCUCGACUUGGCCUCCAGUCACUCCUCUGACGACGACGAUGAUAUCGACGUGCAGCUCAGCUGGGAGAACCAGUUACCAAAGAAUAAAAAAAUAGACUGCCAAGAAUUACUUUAUUAUAUGAGUCGACUGGUUCCAAAAGAAGAAGCACGGGAACAGAUACGAAAGCAGAAGGAAGAGAUGCUACAACAGCAACAGCAGAAACAACAACAACAACCUCCUCCCGUCAUACCCACAUCUACACAUCAGUAUCACAAUCCAUUCGAGCAUCAUUUGUAUUCAGGCUCCCCAUCGCCCCAGUUUCCCCCACGUUUGCCCGGGCCUGUUCAGUGGCCAGGGGACCCCCAGCUGUCGGGCUACACGGGCAGUGAGUCCGAGUACCACAGCUCUGACCAGCCCACCACCCUGUCCAGUAACCAGCCUGACGUGACUCUGCAGACGCCCGAGUACAAAGGUCGUGAAUUUAAAAUAGCAACAGCAAGGCACGUGGAGACUUUACAAAGUGAGGCAUUAAGCAGUGGUGGAGGGCCUAGCGCCCGGUCCCCACUGGGCUCCCCUCAAACUAAGCACACACCUCAGGUGGCACCUGGCAGCCCCAUCUCUGCGCUAGGCAGUCCCUUUAUGGGGCCUCUCGAUGAAGGUCGGGAAAAGGUCAAAGUUUUAACACAUCGGGGCAGCGUUUCCUCAGAUUCUGAAUGGAGUCAUGAAACUUGUGUUUGACCUUUGACCUUGGCAACGGGUUUCUUUGACAGCAAAAGCUAGUUACCUACCCUUGGAGAUUGGGUUAUUAACAAACUCUGCUGUGAACAACAAAGCAACAGAAGUGCUUAACUGAUCUCAUUCAUUAGAUACAUACAAAGUAGCGACACAAACUCAAGUGCCAUCAAUUCUUGAAACAACUGAUAUGUUGCUGAUGUUCGUUUAUUCGAGCCUAAAUUGAAGAACGCCGUCUGCAUUAAAAUAAAAGCAGCUGCAUAAUAAUUGAGUGACACAUUUUGUGUACAUUUCUGGCAUCAUUCUGUGAAUGUCAUUUACAGGGAAUUAAGUGUAUUUUCACCACAUAUACAGCGUAUGUGUAUAUAAACCAUAAAGAGUUACCUAGGAUAAUGUAUGAAGUAUAAUAUGUUAUUUUAUAAUUACGUCAAACCUACCUGGUAAUAAGAACUUGCACAAAAUAUUCGUCUUCUAUUUCACUGACCAGUAUGGGCAAAGACUUCAAUAAAUAUGGAGAAAACCCACAAUUGUCUAAUUGGUAUGCAUGUGUGCUUAAAAUAUACACUCAAUUAUACAAUUAUAGACGACACUAAUUUAAAGGCUGGCAUUGAUGCUUUUUACUAACAGAACUUACGACCAUAAGGACAGAGUGCAACGGUUUUAUCACAUAACAUUUGGAGCACCAUCUCAAAGCUUUAUGGUCAAGACACAUUCUGUCUUUCACCAAUUUAAGCAUGUACCCAAUUGUAAGUCGCUCUGUCCAAUUUCCAAACAUUAGUAUUUGCUGAUUGCCUAAAACAUGUAUUUUUUUACAUAAUUGAAAGCUUUUAGGGUUUGGUAUGCCUUCAUGUGUGGUGAGAUUUAACAGUUAGACAAUGUCAGAUCUACUGUUAUUUAUCAGAUAUUGAUAUAGUUCUUAAAUCCAUGCAUAUUGUGCCUGUGCCAUAGUAAAACAUUACAUGUAUUUCAUUUAUGAUGUGUUCACAGUAAGAUUGGUUUUAAAUUCUCACAAAAUUUCUUUACAGUUUAUGAUUGACCAAAAUCUUAACCAUAUAGUGGUUUUGGAACUAAAUUCAGUAUGUGUUGUGUUUGGUCAAUUAAGUUUUGUAUGUGAUUUUCUAAUGUGUGUACAUUAGUAUAUAAAGUGUAAAUGUAAAUAUAGUUUGUAUAUUAAGCUGAACAUGUUGUUCUUGUAAAUUCGUACAUAUUUAUUAAUUCCAAAAAGUAUUGCUUAUUUGUGUUAUUUUGUGAGCUAAUUAUUCAUGUAAAAAAUAAUUAUUUUAAAAUGUUUUUAUAUGAAAAUCAUGACAAAGAAAUAAAUGAGUGAAAGUA